GCUGAAUUAAGUUGAUGCAGUCGCAACAUGAAUUAUUGAUUAAAUCCCGUCCCGAGUUAUUUAAAUCCCAAGACACUCCCAUCUACAGUCAGACUUCGACCUGUCAACAACACCCAAGACAUCAGAAAGACCUUCAAAGACCACCUUUAGACCAUCGGGGAGCACAACGGCAUUAAAGCACAAGUUCUUAGAGAGCCUGAAUGGAGGCCCAAGGUUCAGGACGGCUGUCCAGAAAGAGAAAGAGAGAAGGAUCUAAUGGAGAAGCAGUAGAGGGCGAGAAACCCCUGAAGUUCAAGCGGUGCACUGUGGGUCUGAAAUACCCAGCUCCAUAUGCAGACGAGCUUGAGUCAAUGGAAGAUAAGCCAUAUCAGCGCGUUACCAUGGAGGAAGCUCGCAGGGGCACUGCACCUGAAAGGCCUGUGCGAGUGUACGCUGAUGGUAUCUUCGACAUGUUCCACUCAGGACAUGCCCGCGCUCUCAUGCAGGCCAAAUGCCUUUUCCCCAACACUCACCUCAUUGUAGGCGUGUGCAGCGAUGACCUCACACACAAGUUAAAGGGCUUCACUGUCAUGAACGAGGACGAGCGCUAUGAUGCAGUUAGCCACUGUCGCUAUGUGGACGAGGUGGUCCGGAAUGCUCCAUGGACUCUCACGCCCGAGUUCCUCACAAAGCAUCGGAUUGACUUUGUGGCCCAUGAUGACAUCCCAUACUCAUCAGCUGGCAGUGAUGAUGUUUACAAGCACAUUAAAGAAGCAGGAAUGUUUGCACCAACCCAACGGACCGAGGGCAUUUCCACCUCUGACGUCAUCACACGAAUCGUUCGAGAUUACGACGUGUAUGUCAGACGGAAUCUUCAACGUGGCUACACCGCAAAAGAGCUCAACGUCAGCUUCAUCAAUGAAAAGAAGUACCACCUUCAGGAGCGUGUAGAUAAGGUGAAGAAGAAGGUGAAGGAUGUGGAGGAGAAGAGUAAAGAGUUUGUUCAGAAGGUGGAGGAGAAGAGCAUCGACCUCAUCCAGAAAUGGGAGGAGAAAUCCCGCGAGUUCAUUGGCAACUUCUUGCAGAUGUUUGGACCGGAGGGAGCGUUGAAGCACAUGCUGAAGGAAGGUAAGGGGCGUAUGCUACAGGCCAUCAGUCCGCGGCAAAGCCCCAGCAGCAGUCCCACACGAGAACGGUCCCCUUCCCCAACCUUUCGUCUGCCCUUCUUCACCAAAACCUCCCCUCCCCCCUCCCCUUCCUCACAUCACAGCAGCACCCUGGCCAGCAAUACCUACACCACCCGUGGACAUGCCAUCAGCGAGGAUGAGGAUGACGAAGAUUAGCCACAGCACUCCAUGCGUCUGUCUUCCAAUACUGGCAAUCCGACCUCAGAAACCAAGCAAUCCCUAAACACUCAAUCGCUUUGUGUAUUUUUGCAGAGGGUUAUAAUGGAGCACACAGAGGUCACGGUCAGACCUUUAGAGGUUCUUGUGUAGAAUGUAUUGAGCAUAAGUCAGUUGCAGACUGUGCAGGUUUUGGACAUUAUCCGUGAUGAGAUGCGAUUAUAUAAAUUUUAGCAUCACGUCUUGAAAUAUGCAGGAUUGGCAGGGGCUAUUUUGUGUUUUAGAAUGAGUGUACAUGGUAUUAAUACAUUUUAUUUUUGCUGCAGGGUUCACAGUUCAGCUUCCUUAUUAUUUAAACGGUCUUGUCUUAUAAUAUAUAAUCGUUAGACAUCUCAUAGGCAAUGUUGUAUUGCCUGGAAUGGGCAAGAUUGACGAGCAAUGUCACUGCAACUCUUUCCGCAAGGCACUAUUUGCACAAUCGUGUUUCGCAGGCACGUUCUUUAUACAAGAGUUAAAGAUAUAAUUGAAAAAAAGGGUUAUUUGUUUAUAGUCAAUGAUGUUGUGGUUAAUAAUUAUGAAAAAAAAUAAUUGAAAUGAAAGAGGUGAAAGACAUCAAGCAUGACUUUGAUUGGACAGUACCAACGAUGUAAAAUGAAGCUUGCUCGGUUGAAUGACCUUUUGGGUAUUUUGUGUCAUGCUUAGGGACUUUUAACAAUUAACAUACACAGAUGGUCAAACUUUAAAUGAUCUUUUUUUGAAAAAAGGUUUAGUUGUAGUACUGUAAGAAGAAAGUAAAUGGCAUUUACCAUUUUUAUGUACUUUCAUUACAAAACAAGGCCCUUGUCAUCUGUCACUGUGAAUGAAAAAGCUUUUUAGAAUCAACUUCUUAAGUUCAGUUUUAAGGGCUAUAGUUUUCCAAGCCCAGUUUAGUUGAGCUUUUUAACUGAUGCUUGAAUAUUUCUUUUAGCCAAGGCUUAUACAUGAUAUGGUUCUGUGUAAUUAUUCUUAUGUCUUUUAUGGUCAAACAAGUGGAACUACUGAUAACUAAGAAAUGAAAUGAAGGAAUAUUCUAGGUUAAAUACGACUUAACACCACAGAUGCUGUCGAUUACCAAAGAAUCCAAUUUCGUAUUGUCCCUCAGUUUGUAAAAACAAACAAAAAACUGUAUUUACAUGCUUGCAAAGGGGCAUGGAUGGGACAAACAAUGAUUUUAGAUGGAUUUGAGUCUUUUUGUUUUUACAAACUGAGGGACGAGUAGUAUUGCAGUAAUCGACAGCAUCUAUGUCAUUCAAGCUGAUAAAAUUGCAUUUAACAUGGAACUUCCUCAUAGCUUUGUCAAAUUAUUUAUGUACACCUAUGGAUCGCAAAGGUCAGAUGUAGACAGUAUGUUUAAAAUGAGAUUGUACCACCAGUGAUUUUGAUAUCUGUUUUUGUCUUUCAUAAUUUGAUGGAUGGCAGAGGCGAAACAAACUGCUGUCCAGACUUGCAAAUCUGCAAAUUGUUGUUCAAAGCUUCACUUUCAGAUGGUAAUGUCUGUUUUCCAGCCUCUGACUUUUCCUUUGCACAAAUUAAGUUGGACGAGGAGAGGAUUUUCUUAUUUCAUUAACUUUGCCCUCCCCUAUCCUGUAAGAUUUUGAUUGUGCAGGAUGUCAUAACAGAAAGGCAAAUAAAUUGUCUGAUGUAAAAGAAAGUGUUUUUUUUUUUUUUUGUAUCUACUUCGCACUCAAAAUGUUAAAAACAGCAUAAAUUGUGCUUACUAUUUCUGCAAUAUAUAGUAUGUAUACCGGGCACAGUAUACAUAUUUUCAGUAUGCAUCCUCACGCAGCCUACUGCAUUUGCCAUAAUGUGCAGUUUUCAACAAAGCACACUGCAUAGAAUACUGUAUUCCACAAUAGAAUGCACUCAGCCUUCUAUUCCCAUGAUGA